AGAGCAACCAAGGGAUAGAUGAAAAAGGUCGGAAGGCAAACCCAAGAGUUAGAAGUACCGGAAAUGGAAAAUAAUGGACUUUAACUCCCACAAAAACCGGUGUCGUUCUGCCUCGGUGAUAUAGGCUACUGUAACCAAACGUGUUGUUCUCACCGCAACUGGGGCUAAUGACACGUGCAAUUAUGAGUUAUUCAUACAAAGACAAUACUGUUUCGCACAUAGAUUUAUAAAAUUUUCUUUUGAACUGUCGUUUUCAAACAACCAUUUCAGUGGAUACAUUUUGUAUAGCUAUAUUUGGCAGGGAGAGGCGGGUUGCCUGCGACCAAGGGGGAAUAAGCAAGGGGAGUGGGAAAUACAAGGAGAGAGAAAGAGAGGGGGAGGGAGGAAAUCGUUUCCCUGCAGCACACACGCCAGAGGAAUACGUCGAGCGGAUCUGGAGAGGAAAGACCGAAGAGAAGAAAGGAAAUAGUAAAAAAAUCUACAGGACUUCUUUGUUUGUGAGAUCAUCUAUUAUGAAAGAAGAAAGGGAUAAUAUCAACAAAAAUCUGGAAUCAGAUAAUUUCCCUCAAUAGCCAAUUUGGAAUAUACGGCGAAAGAGGUAGAUUUUUACCUAGACAAUAUUUUGCAGUCGAAUACAGUUAUUGUGUUAAGUUGGGUUUUGUUUAUUGCUUUAAAUAUAUACUUUACUUUUAAUGUAGAGCAAAUGCGGGAACAUUAGGGAAUUACCAGGACACCGUGCCUGCACACACAUAUUUGUUUUCUACGACAAGAGCCUUUUAUUUAUAUACAUUUUGUAGACAUUUGUGGUACCUUGCAAUAAUCUAUUAAUGAUUACCAGUACCAUUUAAGCGCCACAUUUCCAGUAAGGACUUCUUUUAAUGCAGCCUUAAGGUACUGUUUUCCCACUUUAAUUGGCUACGUUUAGGCCUAUGAUUAAGAAUCGAGUUGGGUGCAUGAAAACGGGACAAUAUAGCAGCAGUGUUAAGAAGUCCACAUAAGCUAUUGGGACUACGUAGAUAUUUACAUAGACCCAGUAAAUAGGCUACUUUCCAUGCCAUUUUCCCACUGGAUCAAGGUAAAGACUUACUCUGUUAUAUCUACCUAGCCAGCGCGCAAAACAGACUGAAAGAAAAACAAUCGUAUGAAAUUACUUGCAUUCCAUAUCCUGACGUUUUGUUGUAGGCUACAUUUAUCAGAUUUAGGAUAUUCAAAAUUAAACGCAUGCGAAUGGGAAGAAAAUAUUGAACGGUAUAUGUUUAAAACGAGUGACGGAUAGACUGCCUUUUAUAUAGCCACUUCAGGAGACGGGGAGGAAGGGAAAAGGACUUUAGAAAAAAAACUGGUAGGGAAGACGACAGUGUGCUUCAAUGUUAAUGUCGACAAACGUAGCAUCAAUUAUGCUACCUGUAACCCGGGGGUUAAUGGACCGGGAAAGGGACUUGGAAACGAUAACAGGAGUGCACUCGAACACCGGCGGUGCUUCGGCGGUGGUCAGGGGAAUCAAACGAGGGGACCCAGAGCCCGACGUUCAGGCUGCGGCAGCUUUGGCGAAUUCGGCUGGAGCGGAGUGCAAGCGACCACGGAUAGACGGGUCUGUGGGGGUCGGUGAGAUUGGACAGAACAACGAGCCUUUGAACCCUGGCUACCAUGGAUACCCACCUCACAGUCAGGGCUCCCAAGAUUCAACGGGGAUACAGGAGGUGCUGGUCCCCCCGCCCUUCUCCACCUUCCCACCUCCACCACCCCCGCCGCCCCCGCAGAAUGGGCUGCCGUUAGAGUUUGGGAACGCCAUGUUCGGUGCCGGGGGAGUGGGCCCCGCAGAGCUGGGAAGUGGGACGAAUGUCUCAGCCUCUGUUCCCAACAGCUUAAAUACCCAACAGACAGACGUAAACUCUCAGAUAGAGGGCCAGGGCACGACUGGGUCGGUGGGAGAGGCGGAUGGAGGUGAAUCCUCUGACGAAAAAGGGACCCCCAAAAGGCUGCACGUCUCAAACAUACCCUUCCGCUUCCGCGACCCAGACCUUCGGCAGAUGUUCGGGCAAUUUGGAAAAAUCCUUGAUGUUGAAAUCAUCUUUAACGAGAGAGGAUCAAAGGGAUUCGGGUUUGUGACAUUCGAGACGAGCGCAGACGCUGAGAAGGCCAGGGAGAGGCUACACGGCACCCUUGUGGAGGGGCGCAAGAUCGAGGUUAACAAUGCUACAGCCAGGGUGAUGACGAACAAGAAGACGGGCAGCUCGUACUCCAAUGGAGAGGCCCUGAGCUCCCUGCCCUACGCUGGGUGGAAGUUGAGUCCAAUGGUGGGAGCCAUGUAUGGGCCGGAACUCUACACAGUUCCAGGGUUCCCGUACCCCACCGCUGCGGCAGCAGCGUUUCGGGGGGCUCACCUCCGAGGGCGAGGGCGCCCCGUCUACAGCGCGGUCCGCGCUGCCGUCCCACAGCCCACUAUAGCGGCUUACCCUGGAAUAGUGUUUCAGGACUCUGUGCUUAGUCCCAGAAUGCCUCAGGGCGGUUACGCUGCCUACCGCUUCGCUCAGCCCACCGCUGUAACCGGGGCAACCGCUGCCGCGGCCGCGGCCGCCGCCUACAGUGACAGUUACGGGCGAGUGUACACUACGGACCCCUACCACGCCUUGGCCCCUGCUGCUGCUGCUUAUGGAGUUGGAGCCAUGGCAAGUCUCUAUCGGGGUGGAUACAGCAGAUUUGCCCCUUACUAGGUUAAGUGGCCACGCCUUGGAUUUUCCCCAUUCCUUGGAACCUGUGUUCUUACUCUGCAUUUGCAAAGAGUUCCCUCACCUCCUUGGGUUGGAAUUGCAAAGUAUUUUUUGACUCCGUACACAAAAAAAAAAAAUCACAAAGUCCAUUUAGACUUCUGCAUAGACCACAGGGAAAUGAUUUAAAAAGAGAAACAUCACCACAGUCACAAGUCUUGCCACAGGACAUCUACGCAAAAGAUACCGCUCCGGAGAAGUGUGCUGCUCAAUCCAUUUCACAGCUUUGUGCACGUUAAUGAUUCUUUAACAUAUUACGUCUGCACAAACACUAUUAUGCUCAGCUGUGUGCUACUAGUAUAUACACCAACCUACAGAUACCCAUUUUUAAAAUUGUAGUUCAGUUUUCACUCUCAGAGAAAAGUGUUUUCACAGUACAUGCAGACAUUUCCCUUGACAAGAUCCACGCACGAAUGGGACGGCCCCAGCAACACAAAAACCAAUCAGAGACGGCAGCAAGUGGGGCAAAUGUGCACAAUUUAACCUGCAAGAUGGAUAACCGCUAUAAGACAAGCUAUUUUAUAAAUUUUUCUUAUAAAUAUGGUGGAUAAAACGACAGUCAAAAAACGACAAGAAAAAUGAGGCAAAUAUUACGCAACUUAAAAAAUAUAUUUUUUUGUUUGGCAUUACCUCAAGUUUUUUUCUCUAAUCUCUCAGUUGAUAUAGUAUUGAUAAUAAUGAUAAUUAUAUAAAAGCAAUUGUAUAAAAUGGCAAUUUAUUAUUAUUAUUAUUAUUAUUAUUAUUAUCAUCAUCAGUUAUCAUUCUUAAUCUCCAUUGCUAGAUAUUAGUGGUAUAAUCUGUGGUAAUUAUUGUCUGUUAUUUUCCAAAUGAAUACGUGUAAAUAUAGGCUACCAGUUGCCCUCUUUCUUUAGCAUAAUAUUUUACAUGUGGAUGUAAAACCUGGGAGAGCUUGGAUCACGACACACAUCAUUAUACGUAAGUGAAGUAGUGUACGGUUAUUAGUUGUUGUAUGGGUUGUUAGGGGUGAAAAGGUAUUAACUGAGUUUUUUACUCCAACUGUAGUUCGAUACUACAUUAUAAACAACAUUAGAAAGAUUUUUUUUAAUUCAAGGUUAAACAUGAUUGACAUUAUUCAACUGAAAAGGUUAUCACAUGAGUUGGACGUAGACCAUGGAGAUUUACCCCAGUAAACACUAAAACUCUGAAAAUACACUAAGGCUCCGCUUUCUCAGAAGUGGAGCCAUCAAAUUAAAAUUCUUAUUUAAUGUAAUAUUUCAUCAUUUUGCCUUGAGUACAUGCAGAGCUGGCUACCAAUUUAUUUUUAGAGAUAAAAACUGAGAGGGCUUGACUAACAAAAAAAGCUAAAAUCACAACUGUCUGUUAUUAUGCACAUUGUCCAUGCAUGAUGAAUAGAUUAUUUUUAGGAUGCUUUUUCAUUGGGUUCCAAAGAUGUAUUAUUAUUAUUAUUAUUAUUAUUAUUAUUAUUAUUAUUAUUAGUAAUAAUAACAACACUUAUUAUUGCUGUUUAUGCAGUUAUUUGUCUUAUUGUUUGGUUAAAAUUUCCUGAAGUGCUGUUUCCAAUGUAUCUCAUUGAGGCUUGUGAUGUGUUUAACUGCAUAUUCUUAGAAAUCAUUGCAUCUGUUCUGAAGUAAUGUCCAUGGGGAAUGCUGUUUCAGAGAAUGGUGGGGGUCAUGAUAGCAUGUACAAUCCUGGUUAGUAUGAUCAGUGUUUCUGUCUGCCAUUUCAAGUUCCUAAACUACACUUGUUGCUCGACAUAACUAAACGCUUGUAGGAUUGAAGCCUGCUUAAUUUUGUUAAUUAGCCAUGUCCAACUUCACAGGUGAAUACCAACAGUCUGUGGUCAGUGGCCUUUUUUGGUCGCACCACAUAUUGGAUAUUACAGGACAGGGAUAACAGAUUUGAAUGAGGAGAAUAAUCUGUUAGACUGAACCCUGUUUGAUGAUAGUGCGGUCAGGGUGCCACUGGUCCCAUUGCAGAAGACUGAGCAUGUUUUUAAAGUAUCACACCUUUUAAUGAAGAGUGCUGGGGACAGUGGCUGUUAUGUGUAGGGUGGGACAGCGGAGCGUUUAAUGGAGAACAGCAUUUCACAUUUGCAUGGGAUGAUAUUGGGAGGAUAUUUUUGGGCUGAAUCAUGUAGUGUCACCAUGAAAGGAGAGGCGAUGGUACUGAAUUCACAUAAAGCAUUUCACAUCGGGCCCAAAACAAAGGGGAUGAGAUAUCAUAAAUACCAACCAAAUCUCAUUUUUGUGAAUCGUGCUGAAUUAUAUGUUAAGAGAAGAUGUAAUUGCCAUUAAAUGUUUAGUUAUAUAUAAAUAUAUUCAGUGGGAAAAACAUUCAACAUUUUCAAGAGCUGCAAAGUAUUUUUUUUCUUCCAAUUUGUUUGCUUUGUCUUUAUUUCUGAUUUAUGUUUGUCAUGGGAAUUGCAGCCUUUGAAUUCUUCUUUUUUCUUAGUGUUAUAUUGAGCUGGUACAUCAAACUACCUUUUUAAAUUUUGUUUUUAAAAGUGAAACAUUACACUACAUCUGCUGGCGUCAUCAGCACUGCAGUGCAGUGCAGGGGUGUGAUCUGGUGUAAUCCACACACAGCUACACAUUGCUCAGCAUCGGACACUACAUGGUGGUGCGCACAUGAAUGACCCAAGCUUUUUAAUUUCUUCGUUUUUCUCUUACGGGAAACCAUGCUGGGGUUGCGUUAAUUAUGGAUUCUGUGGUUGCCACCUUUUUUUUUUUUUUAGUACUUAUCAUUCUUCUUGUUAUGGUCCAGGCACCGAUUACCUUUUUUGGUUGAUUAUGAAAAGUGGCUGUUGUGCAAUCCCGCCCCCUCCAUUGUGCCGUUUCCACUCUGUGUUCUCUUCUCUUUAUCAUGUUGAAUGUACAUAUAAACAGUUUGUUUUUAUAAUCAGUCCUGGCUGCCUGUUUCAUUUCCAUCACUGCUGAAACCUGUGUUAUAAUAUUCUUGCCUGUUAGUGGUGGGUGGGGCAGUAGUUGCAAGAGGAAUGGGUGGUUACCAUGGAGACACCCGUUUUAGAAACGCGGAAGAAAUUCAAACGCAACCGUAAAACUGUUCCUGCAUGCUGCACUGGAAUGGGAGUUUCUAGUUCAGUCCAAUUCAGGAACGGACAGAAAAGUUUAUAUCUACAUUCUGAAUGUAGGACAGCAGAAUAUUUUUUGCCUGCAAUACUACAAUACGAGUAAGCUACUACAAAAUUGAAUUAAGGGUAAGGGUAUUGCUUUCAUAAGGUAAUGAUCUUUUUUCCAUACAUUGCAUUUGACUUUUAUAGUGUCAUUUUCCAUUCAGCUUUAAAAUGUAAAAACAGCCAUAUUUCUUUCAGGCUGUAUAAUAAACGCGACAAACUGAAAUAUGAAUCAAUAAAAAAUAUGAAAAUG